CCUCUCUCUCUCUCCCUCCCUCUGCCGCCGCGCCUGUCCUUUCCGCGUCCACCGCCCCGCUCGCUCUCCUCCGCCAUGGCAGACCUCUCCGACCCGAACAUUGACAUAGCGUACCAGGACGUCCGCGCGGACAAGACGGACACCAACUGGCUCCUCAUCGACUACGAGUCCGACCGCUCUGACAAGCUGCAGCUGACCGCGACCGGCGCCGGGGGGCUCACCGAGCUCCGCGAGCACCUCGACGACACCAAGGCGUCGUACGCGUACGUGCGCGUGCAGUACGCGAACGACAAGGAGUCCAAGCGCGAGAAGUUCAUCUUUGUCGUGUGGAUCGGGCCUGGCUGCAAGGUCAUGCGCAAGGCAAAGAUCUCGGUGCAUUCCGCAGACGUCAAGUCGGUGCUGCGCGUGUUCUCUGUCGAAGUGCCGGCACGGGAGAAGGACGACCUGAAAGAGGAGCCAAUUGUCGCGAAGCUGCGCAAGGCCGGCGGCGCGAGCUACGACGGCGUAUGAUGCAUAGUGGACUGGGGCAAGUGCUGCUACUGCUCCUCGGGUGCUUUGUCUUUCAUGUCUCAACGUGCUGUCCCUGUAUACUAUGCCGCCUGCUUCCGUACCCGUCAGCAUGCAGGAAAUGGGAAGGAUAUACUGAACAAAA